CACUUGCUCGUGUAACGGUAAAGUUUGUUAUAGUUUAUGGUGUGAAUUACAUCAAGACAAUGGAAGACAAGAUUAAAAAAGAUUUACACGAGAAAGAAAAUGCAAAUACCCAGUUAAAUCGCCAUGAAAAAAGGGACACACUUAUAGAUCACAUGGAAAUAUCUGUAACGGAGGCAGAGAAAAGAGAGAAUGGAGCACUCAACAUCCGGGACUUCUAUACUGUCUACCUAAUAGAGACCAAAGUAACAGACCCAGACUGGAAUGGUGCAUAUAGUCGCAUAAGCAGUGUCUGGCGUCGUUACUCGGAAUUUGUUCUUCUGAGGACGUACCUCGAGCUGGAGUAUCCUUACAUCGUUCUGCCUCCAUUACCUGAGAAGAAAGUUCUGUAUCCGUGGCAGAAGGCAGCCUCGGACACCUUUGACCCUGAUUUCGUCGAUAGACGGCGAGCUGGUCUCGAGAACUUCCUGCUGCGGGUGGGGUCGCACCCGGUGCUGUCGCAGGACCACCUGUUUGUCGGGUUCCUGCAGCAGGAGCAGGGCUGGAAGGAGAGCAUCAAGGAGACCGGCUACCUGCAGCUGGCAGAGACUAAGCUAAAGGCGCUCAGCGUGUCGGUCCGCCUCCGUAACCCGGACAAGAGGUUCGAGGCCGUCAAGAACUACAGCAACGAGCUGCAGAACAACCUGAACAGCCUGCUGCGUGUGCGAUCCAGGAUGGCAGAGCGUCUGUAUACGAUCCACAAGUUGCACGCCAACUAUGGCAGGGUGUUCUCGGAGUGGAGUGCCCAGGAGAAGGAGAUGGGUGACGGGCUGCAGAAAGCCGGGCACUACCUGGACUCGUACGCAGCAGGCAUCGACAUCCCCCUGGAGGAGGAGGAGGUGUUUGCCGACCAGCUGAAGGAGUACCUGUUCUUCGCAGACGCGCUGCAGGCGGUGUGCGGGCGGCAGGAAACACUGCAGCUGCGGCUGGAGCAGGCGGAGGCGGCAGCCGGCGCUCUGGUCGCAGAGAAGGACAGCGUGCAGAGAGGUAAAUCGAGUAUAAUCUCACGGCUGUUCGGUUCGGUGGACACGGACGAGGUGAAGGAGCUGAAGGUGAGCCUGCUGGACCAGCGGCUGCAGGAGGGCCAGAGCAGCGUGCGACACGCGCGUGAGGAGCUCCUGGACUUUUCAGCAAAUGCACUGAAAGACGUUGAGAGAUUCCAACAGCAGAAGGUGGCAGACCUCCGGGAGACGCUCGCUGGAUACGUCAUGCUGCAGAUCAAUGUCUGCCGAAAGGUCCUGAUGCACGUUUUGCAGCAGAUGGCGGUGCAGCAUUGAAUGAAGUAAGAUUGUCAUUUGAAGUCCAGUGCCCAGUGCUGCUGUGUUGCAACAUUUUGCUAGGUUACCUCAAAAAUCUGUGAAGCAGGUUGCUCCAGAAAGCGGGAUAAGCCGAUCGAGUGUAUGACAAAUUCUGAAGGUUGCAAAGUGGAAAGUGUACAUUCCAAGAUUGCUGCACGAACGAGGACGACCCAGAUCAAAGGAUGGAGUACUGCAAGUGAUUUGAAGGCAUGCUUCGUAAGGAUGAACGGUUUGCAGAGUUGGUUAUCUGAUCUGAUGAAGCACUAUUCAAAUUAAAAGGUACAAUAAACUGCCACAACUGCGAGUGCUGCGCUCCUAAAAAUCCUCCCUCUCAUGUGGACAAAUGUUAAUCUACUGGCUAUUAAUGUGUGGUGUUGUGUCAUCACAUGAUUCAUAUGUUGCAAACAUUAAUUUUACCUGCAAUCUGAGUGGUGUUUGGAAACAGAAGAUUUUAUCUAAAACAAGAUGGCACUCCGGCUCACUACCACAAUGGAUGAAAAUCUACCCGGAUGAUGGCAAGGUCGAAGAGGAGUCAUUCAUACUCACCAGAGUAUGAAAAAUGUUUAUGAACAAGCUAUGAGAAACCAUCAAGGUGUUCUGUGCAGGUAUGACACUGGCAACACUGACAGCUGUAGUUUGGUCAACAGUUCAGUGGCUUCGAGAUCGUUUGGCUGCUAAUGAGUGUCACUUUGAACAAGCAAAAUAACCUUCACCUCAUGUGAGUUGUAAUGGUAUGUCAUUUUGUACCAUCAACCCUGACUAUCAAAGAGUGUUUAUAUUUUCUGGACCUCUCUGUAUAUCAUUCAUAGAGGGAACAUAGAACAACAUUUAAACUAAUUACACCAUGCAUGGAGGUAUUCAAUCUAUCAUUCUUCCCAUGCUCCAUGUGUGAACAGAAUGGAAAAAUCCCAAACAGCUGGUACAAUGAGAUGUACCCUCUGCCAUGACUUCACAAUGAUUUGCAGACUAUAGAUGUGUUGCCCUGCUGUGUCUAGCCUUGCCUCUAGGUGCACCAUUGUCGGUGCUUGUCUCUUCGAUGCUGUGUCAAAGGAAGAUGCGACAAUGGUGACUGGUCUGCAGCGACAAGUGAUAUUGAUCCGAGUGACAGAAACUGCAGUGACCUGUUUCUUUCAGUGUUUGUUAUCUUGAUGAUAUAGUUCUUUGUUCUUGUUUUAUGCACGAUUUUGGUGUUAAUGAGCUGAUUUUGGUGCUAAUGUGCAGAUGUUGUGAUUUGUUUUUCAGACAAAUUAUAGUGUGUCAUUUUUCA